GGACGAGGGCCCCACGUCCAAUCCCAAACGGAUCACGAUUCACCAACCGCCGCCGCUCCACUCCUCGACGGCCGGCGAUGGAGGCCACCGCCACCGCCGACGACACAGACUUUCCCGUCUACAUCUCCGACGAGGAGGAAGACGGCCUCUCCAUUCUCGGCGCCUCCUACAAUGCGGAGGAGAUCCAGAUCCAGGAGGCCAUCCUCCUCUCCAUCGACUCCUCCCGCGCCGCAACCGCCGCCCCCUCCUCGUCCUCCUCCGCCUCCUCCCCGGUACCCCCCGCCGGACCCGACGUCGCCGGGCCCUCCGGAGAGUCCACCGAAGAAUCCCCUCGCGACCGCAAGGGCAAGCGCCAGCUAUCAUCGGAAGAAGAUGACCCGAGCGAGUCGAGGAAGCGGCGGAAGCGCAGCCGCUUCAGGUGCGCCAUCUGCAUGGAGAAGGUCCAGCUCUCGGAGCAGUUCCUCGUGAGCCACUGCCAGCACGCCUUCUGCAGGGGCUGUGUGGGGCGGUACGUCGCCGGCAAGGUCGGCGAGAACGCGGGCUCCAUACCGUGCCCCGACCCGGAAUGCGCAGAGGGGCUCGUCGAGAUGGAGCCGUGCCGAGGCAUCGUGCCGCCGGAGCUGCUCGACCGCUGGAGCGUCACCCUCUGCGAGUCGGCGCUGGGGAAUGAGAAGUACUACUGCCCGUUCAAGGACUGCUCAGCCUUGCUGAUCAAGGACAGGGACGAGCCGGUGAAGAUCAGGGACACCGAGUGCCCGCACUGCCACCGGAUGUUCUGCGCGCGGUGCCGCGUGCCGUGGCACGAUGGGAUCAAGUGCAAGGAGUUCAGGAAGCUUGGGGAUGAUGAGAAAGGGGAGGUUGAUCUGAAGCUGAAGAAGCUGGCCAACAAGAAGAAAUGGCAGAGGUGCCCCAGUUGCCAGAUGUACGUCUCCAGGGUCGACGGAUGCUUGCUCAUGCAGUGCAGGUGCAAACAAUACUUCUGUUACCAUUGUGCUGCUCCAAUGAGAAAAGAUCUUCACUAUUGUAAGAAUUGCAACCACUAGUGAAAGGUCAAACAGCUCAGACUUUGUAUAGGUAGCAUCUAAGCACUAAGUAGAUUAUCAUCUCCUUGAAGUGGAGAUGCAAA